ACCCCGCCGAGGCAGCAGCGUUCAGCUCCGGGUUAGAGCGGGUGCUGUGUGGAGGUCGUGCUGUGCUGUGUCUGUGGUGUUUGUGUGUGAGUGUGUUUAACCCCUGAGAUCUGCAGGACUGCAGUUCAGAAACAGUGGAGUGAUAUACAGUCAGUCUGUUUAGUGGAGCCAGUGUGUGUUUUAUGAUUUAGCAGAGUUAGCUAGCCAUGUCUCAGGCGUCCUCAGGCUUUAACCCUGCCUCCCAGCACACACAGCGGAACACACAGGCUCCCUUAGGAGCGGGGUACAGUCCCACUGAGGAUGAGAGACGUAUCUUUCAAGAAUGUAACCGCGAGAGCUUUUGGUACCGAUCCUUGCCAUUGGCAGCUCUUGCAAUGACAGCCACUCAGGUAAUGGUAACUAGAGGAGUAUUAUCGGCAUCCCCAAGGUUUGGCUCCCUACCAAAACUUGCAUUUGCUGGUUUGUGUGGAUUUUUUGGAGGGAAGGUGUCCUACAUGAAAAUUUGUCAAGAAAAGUUUAAAUCCCUGGAAAACUCCCCACUCGGAGAUGCACUUCGGCAAGCACACCUUCGCCGUGCACACCCUGAGUCGAACCAGUCAGAGUUUGCAGAUCCAAAUCCAGCAGUUUCACAGCAGUCAGGGUUUGAGGGAGCAUUCCAGCCUGCAGAAGACUCUCAGCCAAGUUCCUACAGCAGUUAUUCCAGUGACUUUCCCUCAUAUGACCGAGCCUCUUUCAGCUCUGGACAAAGUGAGCCUGCGGCGUUACAAUCACAAGAUUCUCCUCUGUACCAGGAAGAGGAUAUCCCUAAGAAAAGAAAAGUACUGUAUGAGGACCUGCGCAGUAAAAACAGGGAGAAUUAUGAGGUCGCCCUCACACAAAGGGCUGAAAGUCUAAAACCACAUGCUGAGGUACCAAAAAAAGAAGGUAAAAGAAACAAGUAUGGUGAUUCUUGGGAAGAAUAAGACGGUGUUGGAGCUCCUACUGACUACCCUACAAUUUCACUGGGUGUUAAAUAUGUCAGUGAUUUAUUAAGUGUGAUGCAGUGCAGCCAUUUAAUCACACUAAAGCCCAAAGCUUUUGGAUGUGUUUGAGUCCUGUUCCUGAUAUAAAAAUAAACAGCAAUAUUGAUGGA